CCUGAAUAUAAGGAGGACAGUUGGGAGUCCAUUUCAUCACACCCAACAUCAAAAUUUAAUCUAGUGUCCAAAGAAAUGGCGAUUGAAGGGAAGGUGGAGGCAGAGUUGGAGCUCAAAUCCACUCCGGACAUGUACUUCAAGCGUCUGAAGAGUGAAAUCCACCACGCACCCAAUGCUUCCUCCGACAAGAACCACGCCAUUGAAGUGCACGAGGGUGACUGGGAAACUCCUGGCUCUGUCAAACUCUGGACUUACACUAUCGAUGGAAGGAAGGAGACGUUCAAGGAGAAGAUCGAAGUGGAUGAUCAGACGAUGACCGUGACAAUGGUUGCUGUUGGAGACCAUGUGCUUGAUAGGUACAAGAACUACAAGCUAUGUGUACAGAUAGUCCCACAGGAGAACCGUGCCGUGGCAAAGAUCUCAAUCACAGUGGAGAAAAACGACGCAGACGUACCGGAUCCUCAUGACUACCUGCAGCACGUCAUCAGCGUCGCAAAGGACAUUGAUGAGCACCUUGUGGCCCAGUCGUAAUAAGCUGGCUGUUGUUAUGAAAUCAGACAUCGCGGUCAUGCUAUAUAUGGAAUUAAUAAAUUUGCCUGCAAUUUCAAGUAGUGUUUCACCAAUAUUAUGUGUUAUAUAAGACUACUGUGAGUUGUUUGUCAGUAUAUCUGUUAGAAAUAAGACAUACAUGUUCGUAUAUGUGUGCAUUGUGCAUUAUAAAAUAAAAACUAAAUGGAUGUUCCCUAUU